AUGGAUGACGGUGAAAGUCAACAGUUCUCUUUACGCUGGCACAACCAUCAGAGCAGUAUAAUCGGAGCCCUCGGUCGUGUGCUGAGCAGUGGCGCCUUCAGUGAUGUGACGCUAAGCGCCAACGGUACUUCAGUGAGAGCCCACCGUCUUAUAUUGGCGUCAUGUAGUCAAUACUUCGAUCAGUUGUUCAAGGAUAUCGAAACUGAAAAUAACGCAUUGGUUGUAGUACUUGGUUGUGAAGCGAUAGAAUUGAGGUUACUACUCACUUUCAUGUAUACAGGUGAGGUGACAGCUUCUAAGAGGAAUCUACCAUCGUUGCUCCGAUUGGCACAAACUCUAAAGGUGUCCGGACUAACUGACGCUAAUACGAACUCAACCUUAACUUCUAAUGAAACAGAACUGGUCACAGAACAAAGUAGUACAUACGCCAAUCUAGAAACAGUUAAACAGGACAUUCAGGAUACUACUAACAUCUCUGCAAGCAAUUCCCCAAAUCAUUACGAAAAUUCACAGAACGAUGGGAAAUUAGCAGAAUAUAUUGGAGAAUACAGUCGUACUGAAAAAGACAGAUUGAGUAAAUUGGAUCAGAUAGUACAGAAUCUGUACAGUACACACAAAAUUACGAAUCCCAUAACGGCUAUGACUCCGCCAUUAUUACCCAGUUUAGCAGAAUCACUUGAACCAUUUGAACGUAAAUGGCGGUCCAACGCAUCAGUAUGCGGAGUUUGCAAUAAACGUCUUAGCAAUCAGUACAAUUUGCGUGUGCAUAUGGAGACGCACGCCGGCAGACGGCACGCGUGCCGCGCCUGCAGCCACGUGUCCCGCUCGCGGGACGCGCUGAGGAAACACGUCGCGUACAGACACGCUCCCAACAUGCCUUCGAGAGCUCAUCGCGGUACGACGUCCACGAGUCGACUGGACGGGUAACAGUCAAUUGACUGUCUGUAUUCAUGACUGUAUUUUGCAAAUUAUAAGUUUUGAAAUAUGUUAUGUUAGUAUAAAAUAUUUAAAAGACAUUAAAUACAAUGAUAGCUGUUUAUAUUAUAUCGUUUAAAUAAUUUUGUAGACAAAAAAAUGUUGCCUUGUGUCGUGAGAGAAAAAGUAAAUUACCUACUAUUUAUAUAUUUUUUGUUUAAAAUAAUUUUGGCAUUUCUAACUUUCGCAACUCUACAUUAAAUUCCGUGUAUACCGUUUUUCUGAUGUUAUUUAUUGUUUAGUUAUUCUACUUUUUAAUGCUACCACUUUUACUUACCUAUUGUAUAUUUGCUACCGAAAUUCUGAUUAUUUAAAAAUGGAAUGAAAAACAAAACAAUGUUACAUUUUGUACCAGUUCUGUUUAGACAGUAAUUAGUUUUUAUUUUUUUUUUAAUAAAUGCAACUUUUUCCUUCUAAUGUAUGAGUUUAUGAUGCAUUUGAAAAUAUCUUUAAUAAAUGUUUUGUUCUGUCCUUUUAUGUUUAAGUAAAUUAAACAAAACUGAUUAUUAAAAAGACAAUAUUAAACACUUAAGGCCUGUCCCACCAAAUUGUAAAUUGUCUGAUAACAAUCCAACGUAUGAAAUAUGUGAUGGGAAAUAUCGAAUUUUGUUACGUUAUCUGAGAGUGACUUCACUUUUAAGCUAUCUGAGCCUCUAUCAGCCAGUAAUGGGA